AUGUCUACUAACGUAAACAAUGUUGUGUCGACUAUGAAGUCAGUUGAUAAGUCCAUUUCUAAUGAUGAAAUAUUGACGAAUGGUUUAUUAUCAUCGUCGACAACUGCUCGUGCUCCACCUCAUGUGUAUUCAUGUUUCGUGAUCAAUUGUACUGCUGAACCAAUUGAAUGUAGUUUGAAAUACAAUGGACGUCCAGGUGAAGAGAAAUUUGAUGAAAUAGUAAACGUAACUAUUUCGGGCAAUACUGAACAUUAUUUUCCUCGAAAAUUCUUUCAACCCGAGUUGCCAGAUUCGUAUUGCAAAUGGGUCAAGAUUAUAACAAAUAUUCGAGUGAAGAAAGCCAAUAAGCAGAUUUUGGAAGUCAAUUAUCCAUUUGAACAUGUUCGCUAUCCUAUUCGAAAUUGGGAAUUUCAUAUUACAGACAAAGAAGAAAUCCUUUCUAAGCCACCUACUCGUGUUGUUAACGUACUUAAAUACGAAAAUCUUGAUCAAUACGAAUGUUAG